UCUACUCGUCAGUCUAUAGGUUCCGUCUGGCCGCGCCUCGAAGCUACCGCAGAUUUCCCCAAGCUAGUUGCAGCCUGCUUCGAGAGGCGGUCAGCAAUCGGUCUAGGCUUUGGUGAGUAGUGCGCAUCGAUCGCAUUUCCACCAGCUAGGACCCGAGCGAUCUCUGGAAGGAUGGCUUCUCUUACUUGGAUUUUGCUCGUUGGGCUUUUAUUUAUUGCCGUAGAGGCACAAGCCCAAUGUCCAAUAAGAAAGCCUCCGGAGUGUCCAAAUAUGGUGAAGAACGAAUGUGUGGUGGACAGUGACUGCUUGACGCAGGGGACGAUAUGCUGCUACAAUGGCUGCGUUUACCAAUGCAUUAAACCUGCUCCCACAUACCCACCCGUUAAAGGACAAAGGGGUCCUGAUGGCCCUCCUGGAGACAUUGGUGACCAAGGGCCCUCGGGAGAAGCAGGCAAGCCGGGUCCAUUGGGAUACAAUGGACAACCCGGAAAUCAAGGAAUGAGGGGAGACCCUGGACCACAGGGAGACCAAGGACCACAAGGACCCCCUGGAGGAUCCACGCAGGCUGCCGGUGGUAUCAAAGGACCUGAUCCAAACGACUUGGCCGCUGGCAUCAAAGGAUCCAAUGGUGCUCCAGGUCCCAGAGGAAGUCCAGGUCUUCCUGGACCUCGUGGUUCUGAUGGGCCCAGAGGUCAGCGUGGAGAGGUCGGUCUUCCCGGUGAAUCUGGAUCAGCGGGACGAAGAGGAGCAUCCGGACCACCAGGAAGUCCUGGAAUCGACGGAUUUUCUGGUGCUCCCGGUGAGCAAGGAGAGAAGGGAGAAGCUGGACCCUCAGGACCCCCAGGACCCAUUGGCGCCCCUGGUAUGCCGGGAGAUGUCGGAUUCAAGGGAGACAGGGGCUUUCCAGGCUUGAAGGGACAGAAGGGCGAAGAAGGAAACUUGGGAGAGCGGGGUAUGGUAGGACGACCGGGACGACCAGGCUUUGAUGGAGCUCCUGGUGCCCCUGGAUCUCCCGGCGCUGAAGGAAAGGUCGGUCUUACCGGCCAGACAGGACCAAGAGGACCUACUGGACCACCAGGACUGCAAGGAGUUCGGGGAGCUCCAGGUAACGAAGGUGCACGGGGAUUGCCGGGUAACCCGGGUUUGAAGGGUAAGCGUGGUGCUACAGGAUCACGUGGUUCUCCCGGUAACCAAGGACCUCAGGGGCCUUCUGGGCCACAGGGCUCAAAGGGCCAGGCAGGCAUCGACGGAAGGCCAGGAGAACCGGGUCUUCCUGGAGACAAAGGAGCAAUGGGCGGACCUGGACCUGCUGGACAACCUGGUAUCCGUGGACCAAGUGGAGCCCCGGGUAUCACUGGAAACCCUGGUGCAACUGGUAUCAACGGCGACAGGGGUGCUCCUGGACGGCCUGGAAAGAUUGGUAGCAAGGGAGAGAAAGGUUCAGAGGGACCGAAUGGUUCGCCAGGCCCUCGUGGAGCUCCUGGUCCUCCAGGAAAACGGGGUAAAAUCGGCCGUGUCGGACCAAUGGGUCCCAUUGGAGAUCCAGGAUCCAGGGGAGCUACUGGUCCUCGUGGAUUCCCCGGAGCAGCUGGACCAAAUGGACGCAAGGGUGAGCAAGGUUCGCCCGGUGCCGCGGGGUUCCCUGGAAGCAAGGGAGACAAGGGAUCGUCAGGAAAGAACGGAGAGCCUGGAAGAGUUGGCCUUAGGGGACCCCCCGGCCAACCUGGAUCCCCUGGACGAGAAGGAAAGACUGGACUUCCUGGAGAUGAUGGUCAAGACGGAAAGCCUGGAGCGCCUGGAAAGCCUGGUAUGACCGGUAUGCCUGGGCCUUCAGGUGUAGCUGGUGCCAAGGGAGCAAACGGAGAGCCUGGAAAAGAUGGAGACACUGGACCCCAGGGACCAGCAGGCGCCAAGGGUGAGUCAGGCUUGGCCGGAUCACGUGGUAUGCCUGGUGUUGCUGGAAAGAACGGAAAUGCCGGAGAGCCAGGAGAGAGAGGGCCCGUUGGUCCCCAGGGACCCCAGGGAGCGCCAGGAACUCAGGGACCACCUGGUCUUCCUGGAAAGACUGGAGAGUCUGGACCACGCGGAGAGAGGGGAACCGACGGCAAACCAGGUGCAAGGGGUGAGCGCGGACCACAGGGAGAAACCGGACCAACUGGAUUAACGGGACCUACUGGCAAACCUGGAGACAGGGGAUCCAAUGGCGCCGACGGUACCCCGGGAGAGCCUGGUGCACAGGGACCAAGCGGAAACCCUGGUACCCCAGGUCGACAGGGAAUGCCUGGAGCAAGUGGACGACGUGGAGCUCCCGGAGCUAAAGGAUCGAGGGGAGAGCGAGGAAGAGUUGGACCUCCAGGAAUCGACGGCAAAGAUGGAGCACCCGGUUCCGAUGGUCUCAAUGGGCCUCCUGGACCACAAGGACCUGCUGGAGAGAAGGGAGAGGCAGGCCAACCAGGAACAAACGGAUUCAAUGGAAAGAACGGAGACCAGGGACCACGCGGUCUUCCUGGUACCCCUGGAGCUCCUGGACGCAACGGAGAGCAAGGUGCGUCUGGGCCUACAGGGCCUGUUGGACCUCGAGGACCUGGCGGAAUUAAGGGAGCGAAGGGUGUUAUGGGAUCCAGUGGCCGUCCUGGAAUCACAGGAACUCUCGGCCAGCGUGGACGACUUGGUUCUAAAGGUGGUGAGGGAACACCUGGAAGUCAAGGUAUGCCCGGUAUGAGUGGACCACCUGGGCGCCCUGGACCACCAGGACCACCUGGUCCCCCCGGUCCCUCUGGUCCAUCUGGAUCUAACGGCCGCAACGGAGUCAAGGGUUCAACAGGAGAGGGCGGUCGACCAGGUCGCGAUGGGGAGCCAGGCGAACCAGGAACUCCCGGACGUGACGGUGAACCUGGCAUCCCUGGACCCGACGGAAGACCUGGCGAACGCGGACCUGGCGGAGAGAUUGGUAGGAAGGGAGAGAAGGGGCCAUCCGGACCUCCUGGUAUCACCGGCAACAGGGGACCCCCCGGAAGCCCUGGAAUCAAGGGCGAGAGAGGCUAUCCCGGCAAGGACGGCAGAGCUGGCGAACCAGGAGCUGUGGGCCUCCGCGGUCCAACCGGUCAGCCUGGUGAAAACGGUCUACCCGGAGAACCGGGCAAGCCAGGUAUUAACGGUACCAACGGCCGAGGGGGAAUUCCUGGACUCAAGGGAGAACGUGGAUCUCCAGGUGAGCCAGGCAAAGCUGGCAAGCAGGGACCUCCUGGACCAUCCGGCCCUCUCGGAGCGAAUGGAGAACCAGGUGUUCAGGGAGCGAAGGGUGCCCGUGGUGAUGACGGGAAAGACGGCAAGCAAGGACCAGCUGGACCUCAGGGACCUAACGGACCACAAGGCGACAAGGGCAAUCGUGGUCCUCGUGGAGAGAAGGGAGACAAGGGAUUCACGGGGUCGGACGGAUCCCCGGGAGCUCCCGGACAACAGGGAGAACAAGGUCCACCUGGAGUCGCAGGCACCGAUGGCCCCCCUGGACCACGGGGCGGACCCGGAUCACGAGGUCCUCAGGGACCCCCCGGCGGACUCGGCUUACCGGGAAAUGUUGGACCAAUGGGACCCAUGGGAGAUCCGGGAGCCCGCGGAGAGAAGGGAACAGCUGGAAGAGAUGGUCUUCCUGGACCCCCAGGACCACCUGGUCCUCCUGGUUACACUGGUCUUUCACCUGUCGGUGGUUAUCUGAGCGUCGGAACCGUAGAGAAAGGCCCAGGAUAUCGUCUCUACGCUGGCUCUAAGGAUGCCAAAAAGCCCGACAACCCAUCUGUGAGCUUUAUGACUGCCCUUGAGAAGAUGGAAAUAGAUGUGAACACCAUCCGUAAGCCGACUGGAAUGAAAAACAACCCCGCCAAGACAUGCAAAGAUUUGCGCAUGGAUCACCCUGACUACGUCAGCGGGUAUUACUGGAUUGACCCUAAUGAGGGCAGCAAAAAAGAUGCUAUCAGAGUCUACUGUGACUUCUCCAACGACUUCUCUUGCAUAUCUCCUACAAAGGCCAAGCUUCUUAACCUUAGAGUCCAAGCAAACGUCAACAAAAAAGAUAAAUGGCUGAGUGAAGCAUUCGAAGAAGAGUCUCAGAUCGACUACUCCGCCGAGCAGAGCCAGAUUGCAUUCCUUCGCGUAUUCAGCAAGCGUGCCUAUCAGAACGUCACGUACAAUUGCCAGAACUACAAAGCCUGGACCAAUAGGAAGCACUCCAUCAAGCUUCGAGGGGACAACGACCUAAUCUUCCACGCCAAGAGCCCAAAGAAGUUCCAACCCACGGUUAUUCUUAACGAAUGCACGACAAAGGAUGAUCAAUGGCACAAGACCAUCUUGGCAAUCGACACCAAACAGAAGCAUAGACUGCCCAUAGUUGACAUGGCCUUGUUUGAUUUCGGCAAACCACAUCAAAAGGUCACGGUAGAAGUUGGCUCCGUUUGCUUCGCAUGAUGACCACGUGACACGAGCCUUCCAAGCCAGCCUUCCCAACAUUCUUGUAUAUUAUCAAUACAAAGUUUCAAAGUAUUUGCCAUUGGCUGACUGAAUAUGGGCGUUUCUGUAAUGUAGGUAGUCACUCCGCCAACAGUGUUGUCUUUAGGAUAUUAUUAAAGUACAAUCUUUGUACAUGUGCUAAUAAUGUUUCACUUUACGUGUUAUAUUAUCUAAACUCAAUCUAUAAAGUUUUCUUGCUCCAAUCUGGGGUCUCGUCCGUUUGUUUCCACAUUAUUUGUUCUGAACAGCAAUGCCUUACGGCUCGCCACUUCCACGGAAUGCUGUAAUGAAGUUGGAAUUUUUCAAUUUUAUAUUAUAUAGGAACGCAGAAGCCGCUUGAUUUUCGUCUCAGUAUUAUAAAUAAACAUAUUAUAGUGGAAUCCAUGGUACGAUGUAAUAAGGUGAAACUGGCGACAUUUUUUAAUAAAGAUAAUUAUUAUAUUGUUAA